AACACCAAAAAAAUAAGAAAACCUAACAAAACCCACAACAACCAUUUACGAUUCUCAACAUGGCCUUCAAAGCAGUCCUUACUCUCUCCGUGCUAGCGCUAGCCGCUUCUGCAGCAGUAGUCCCCAAGAGCAACAACGGCCCGGCUGCCGCUGCUUACUUCAUUAACAACGAGCCAUCUGGAAAUGAAGUCGUUGUUCUCGCCGUGGACGCCUCUGGCCAGGCGUCCUUCUCUAGUGCCGUCUCAGCAGGUGGCAAAGGCCUCCACGCCAACUCCACGGGGCCGGAUUCCACUUUCUCGCAGAACGCCAUCCUGGUGGCCGGCAGGCACCUCUUCGCCGUCAACCCUGGCUCCAACACUGUCGCGAUGUUCGCCAUCAACCCCAACGACCCUAGCAACAUCACCAUGGUCGGAAAACCGGCUCCCUCUAUGGGCGAGUUCCCCAUGGCCAUCGCGGCUCAUCCUAAGCUCCCGCUCACUUGCACCCUCAACGGCGGCGCGCAAAACGGAGUUGGAUGCCACAUCGUCGAUCCUGUUCACGGGCUCUUGCCAAUAAUGAGCUCUAUGCGUAAUCUUAACGUCACACAGACAACUCCCCCGACUGGACCUCCUGGCAGCUUUGCGGAUAUCUUGUUCAGCAACGACGGGAGGCACUUGUUCGUUUCCCUGAAGGGUAACCCAGGCGUUGUCAAUGGAACAAUGUUCGCGAUGGAAGUCAAUUCACAUGGUGUUCUGUCGCAGACUGUUACGACCAACAUGGGUGGCCCGGUGCCAUUCUCUAUGACCAACAUCCCCGGGGGCCAGGCCGUUUUCCUGACCGAAGCCACGGGCGGUGUCGAAACGUUCGAUUUCACCGGCAUGUCCUCCUUCUCUGGUGUCAACGCCGCAGUUACCAAGAUCAACAACACCGUGGCGACCUGCUGGUCGGCCUUCUCCCAGACUACCGGCAACUUCUUCAUCGACGAUGCCGCCACUGGCAUCGUCAGCGAGAUUUCCCUGGACAAGUCACUUAAGCCAACCCUGGUUGCUCAGUACCCUCUUGGAGGGACGACCGCCACGCUCGAUAACGCGAUCGCCACCAUCGACGGCAAGGAGUUCCUUAUGGUGCUCCAGGCGAACGCUACGGCCGUCAGCGUCCUCCGUCUGGAUGCCCCAGGACAAGCUAAGGUCACGCAGCAGCUUGACCUGUCGGGCUCUCCCGUUACGCUCAGCGUGAACAUGAUCGGCAUGGCCGCGUUCUCCAAGCACAAUUGGUGGUGAACUGGUUAACCACAACACUGCUUCCCAGUAACCCAGACACGAAGUGCUUGUGCGCAGGACGCAUCCGAUGAAUGAUAUUUCGUUUUGACAUCUUACAUUGGUUUAUGUGUAAAAUUUGGAGGUGCAGACUGCUUGAUGAUGUUGUACAAAGGCUCUGGUUUCCACAACCGUAUAAAAACUAGCAUUCUGAUGGUCGCCUUGGUUGUCGUCAAGACAGUAACGUUGCCCUUCUGAGAAUUCGCAGAUUGGGUCAUUUUUGUUCGCCCGCCCCCGCUUACUUGAAGAUGAUGAACACUUUCGAUAAUAUGCCCUGUCAAAUCACGGGGAGUGCGGAGAAGCGGAGAAAAUCCGCUUUCAGUGGGGUGUUCCUAAGAAGUCGAAAAUU